AUGGCCACUUCUAUAGCUAACCCGAUGGUAGUUUUCUUUAUUGAAAAGAAGUCGUCGUCGCCCUGUACCAAUUUGGUAGUGGCCAGGACGCCCCUGAAACAGAAUGGCCAAAUUCGGCUGGGAGUGUCAGAAAGGGACAACAAGAUGAAUUCCAACGUUCCAAUCUCAGCUGCGCCUUCACCAUCUCCCAGCGGCGAAGCGGCGAAAAGACUGACGCAGGCCGUCUACGAAGCUUUGUCCCCGAAUCCCAAUCAUGGCGUCCUUGAAUCUUGGGAAUUGCUUGAUUCGUUCCUUCCAAGGUCUGUGGCUGAGCGCCUCAUGCAGACGGAGAAAGAAAUUAGGGCCAAUGUGGGGGCCGCUGGUGGGAGUUCCACAAACAUGGACUUUGACUUCUGUGCAGAUAAGUACAAUAAUGUCAUGUCGCCUGUCUUCUUCCCGAGGACUCGCAUGCAACAUUAUUCACAUAUCAAGUACCCGGAAUCCCUUGAAUGCGGAAUGUCUGGCUCGACCCAAGCAAAGAUUUACCUCUCCACCCUUUUACCGAUAGCUGUCACCGCCGCCGUCCUCCCUCAAAACGGAAUGUCUUUAUACCCACGCCUUGAUAAGUUACGGAGCAUACCGUGCGAUCCCGUGAGCAUAGAGAAAGUUCAAAACUUCUUUACCAAUGCAGGGAUAGGUUCUACUGGGAUAUUUUUGGCCAUAGUAUUGGGGCCGGUUGUUGUCCGGAGUAUCUUCAGGUGGCAGAAUAGACGACGAAGAGAAAGGGAACAACGACUAUCUGCUCCGGUGGUAAUGCCGCUGGGGGAGGAGCGGAAGGAGGAGGAGAAGAAAUCUUUGAUAUAUGGAGAUAAUCCCGAUUAUCACGCGGGUGUUGAUUUGACGCCUACACCCCCCUCAAGCAACACAGCCGAACGUCAACCUAAACGUUUUAGGCAUCUCCGAAUACACAGCCUAGAUGAACUUCCACCGCCAACCUUAGACGAUAUAUCCCGUCAAAGCAUAUCGUGGAGUUGCCCUGUGAGUCCAGUACUCGAAUCUGCGCCAACUCUGAACAAGCCCGGGAAGAGGCGGUCUCCGUUCAACCCUGUAGUUCCGGGCAUGAAAACCACCUGGGAGGAAGGUGUGGAUCCGGUAACAGGCCGGAGGUGGAAACGCAAAUUGGUGGUUUAUACCUCUCUCGAAACGUUAGAUAAAACAUCAGACGAAAAAAUGGUUGGAGAACUAGGAUCCCAGGAAAACGGUUCCCCCCCGAGGUCAUAG